ACUCGUUUUAAGAUUCUUAUUCCUAGCUGUGCGGGUGUGUGUGUGUGCGUGUUUGUGUGAGAGGUGCAUCGCUCGCGGAAUUAUGACGGUGUAAACUAAAACAAAAAAAGAUAGGGAUGGUGAUCACUGAUCAGUAGUGGGGUUGUUUCAGCUCUGGCCCUCGGGAUCUUUCUCAGAUUUCUAAUAUGUCGGUACCGUCCGAUUGAAUCCAUUUGUAUUAAGACUGUAUACGAGAAACCCAGUUGAGAUAGAGAUCCAAUUAGCACAGUAGACAAGGCAAAAACAAGGAAGCGAGGCUGAGAAAUGGGUGGGUAUGCGCUGGGUUCGGCGUUCGAUUCGAGAUCGGGGCGAUUGAUCAUGGUGGCUCUGCUAUUAAUGUUGGGCUCCUUCUACACUGGCACCCUCUUCGGUAACAAUGCCCCCAUUUACGUCUCCCAGCUCCCGGCCAAGUCUUCUUCUGUUUCAUCCACUGGCAUUUCUGAAUUUACGAACGUAGUUGCUCUCACUAAUAGAAAAACACCACUUUUGAUCCCUGAAACUGGGAUGAAUGUGUGCCCAUUGACGUUCAAUGAGUAUAUUCCCUGCCAUGAUGUUUCUUAUGUGAGGAAUUUGCUCCCUAAUCUGGAUGUUUCUAGGAAAGAGGAACUAGAGAGGCACUGCCCUCCACCUGAGAAUCGAUUGUUUUGCUUGAUUCCACCACCAGAAGAUUAUAAGUUAUCAAUAAAAUGGCCAAUCAGCAGGGAUUAUGUCUGGCGAAGCAAUGUGAAUCAUACACAUCUUGCGGAAGUCAAGGGAGGACAAAAUUGGGUGCAUGAGAAGAAUCAGCUCUGGUGGUUCCCAGGUGGUGGUACGCAUUUCAAACAUGGGGCAGCUGAGUAUAUUCAAAGGUUAGGAAAUAUGAUUACAAACAAGGCAGGUGAUCUUCGUUCGGCAGGGGUUGUUCAAGUUUUGGAUGUUGGUUGUGGGGUUGCUAGCUUUUCUGCUUACCUCCUUCCCUUGGAUAUACAAACAAUGUCUUUUGCUCCAAAAGAUGGGCAUGAGAAUCAGAUUCAAUUUGCAUUAGAGAGAGGAAUUAGUGCAAUGAUUUCUGCUUUAGCCACAAAACAACUACCAUAUCCCAGUAGCUCCUUUGAGAUGGUUCACUGUUCAAGGUGUCGUGUUGAUUGGCAUGAGAAUGAUGGUAUUUUACUCAAAGAAGUGAAUCGCCUUCUGCGAUCUAAUGGGUACUUUGUCUAUUCGGCUCCACCUGCAUAUAGAAAGGAUAAAGAUUAUCCAUUGAUCUGGAAUAAAUUGGUAAAUCUGACUUCGGCAAUGUGCUGGAGACUCAUUGCCCAAAAAGUUCAGACAGCAAUCUGGAUUAAACCAGAAAAUCAGACAUGCCUUCUGGAAAGUGCAGAGCAGAAGCGGUUGGACAUAUGCGAUGCUGGUGAUGAUACUAAACCAUCAUGGAAUAUGCCCCUGAGGAACUGUGUACAAGUAAGAAGUGCACAAAAAAAACUUCAGACACUCCAGACUAGGGCAGAUCGUCUUUCAGUAUAUUCAGAGAGUCUCAGUAGAAUAGAUAUUAGUGAAAAGGAAUUUACUUCAGACACUCUGUUUUGGCAAGAUCAAGUUCGCCGCUACUGGAGCUUAAUGAAUAUCAGUAAGACAGAUAUACGAAAUAUAAUGGACAUGAAUGCUUUCUGUGGUGGAUUUGCUGUGGCUUUGAACACCAUGCCUGUUUGGGUAAUGAAUAUAGUUCCAAUAAGCAUGAAGAAUACCUUGUCGGCUAUUUAUGAACGAGGACUAAGUGGUGCUUUCCAUGAUUGGUGUGAACCAUUCUCAACUUAUCCCCGCACAUACGAUCUGUUGCAUGCCAACCAUAUCUUCUCUCACUAUGAAAACCAUGGAGAAGGCUGCUUAUUGGAGGAUAUCAUGCUGGAGAUGGACCGUAUAAUCCGACCCCAGGGGUUUAUUAUUAUUAGAGACGAGGAAGCUAUGAUAUCAAGGAUCCGAGAUGUAGCUCCCAAAUUUCUAUGGGAGGUUAAAUCGCAUCCAGCAGAAAACAAAGAAAAGAAGAUGGAAACAGUGUUAAUUUGCAGAAAGAUCUUUUGGGCCAUCAUCUAAGAUGUAGCUGCCUGUAGAGAUUUGCCAUUACAAACUAACAAAUAUGUAGGUAUUCUGUAUGAUGACACAAUUCAUUUGUUUGUAUCUGCUUUUAGAAGGAAGCGAGGUCACGUCUAAACUGUUUAUUGCUUAGCAAUCGAUUCUGGUGUACACUAUAAAGAGAGACUUGCGCCUA